UCCUCAAUCCUCCUCUUCCUCUCCUCCUCCUCCUCCAUCCCUCUCAUUCCUCUCCUCCACUUUCCUGUCCUCUUUCCUCAUCUUCUGUUUUCUCUCCACCCUGAAGGUUCUAGUUCUUCUAAACAUCGUUCCAGAAACUAUUCUUAUCAGCUAUUCUUAUUAAACGCUGGAGAGUGAAAGGAUCAGAUGGAGGACGAGAGCAGCUCAAGAACCAGAAGAUCUACCAGAGAACUAACCAGAAGAUCUACCAGAGAAACAACCAGAAGAUCUACCAGAGAACCAACCAGAAGAUCUACCAGAGAACCAACCAGAAGAUCUAACAGAGAACCAACCAGAGCACCAACCAGAAGAUCUACCAGAGAAACAACCAGAAGAUCUACCAGAGAAUUAACCAGAAGAUCUACCAGAGAACCAACCAGAGCACCAACCAGAAGAUCUAACAGAGAACCAACCAGAAGAUCUACCAGAGAACUAACCAGAAGAUCUAACAGAGAAACAACCAGAAGAUCUAACAGAGAACCAACCAGAAGAUCUACCAGAGAACCAACCAGAAGAUCUAACAGAGAACCAACCAGAGCACCAACCAGAAGAUCUACCAGAGCACCGACCAGAAGAUCUACCAGAGAACCGACCAGAAGAUCUAACAGAGAACCAACCAGAAGAUCUAACAGAGAACCAACCAGAAGAUCUAACAGAGAACCAACCAGAGCACCAACGAGAAGAUCUACCAGAGAACCGACCAGAAGAUCUAACAGAGAACCAACCAGAAGAUCUAUCAGAGAAACAACCAGAAGAUCUAACAGAGAACCAACCAGAAGAUCUACCAGAGAACUAACCAAAAGAUCUAACAGAGAACCAACCAGAAGAUCUAACAGAGAACCAACCAGAAGAUCUACCAGAGAACCAACCAGAAGAUCUAACAGAGAACCAACCAGAAGAUCUACCAGAGAACUAACCAGAAGAUCUAACAGAGAAACAACCAGAAGAUCUAACAGAGAACCAACCAGAAGAUCUACCAGAGAACCGACCAGAAGAUCUAACAGAGAACCAACCAGAAGAUCUACCAGAGAACCGACCAGAAGAUCUAACAGAGAACCAACCAGAAGAUCUAACAGAGCACCGACCAGAAGAUCUACCAGAGAACCAACCAGAAGAUCUAACAGAGAACCAACCAGAAGAUCUAACAGAGAAACAACCAGAAGAUCUAACAGAGAAACAACCAGAAGAUCUAACAGAGAAACAACCAGAUGAGGAUGAUGGAUGAGGAGAUGUAGGAGCUUCAGGAGAAACCUACUUCCAACUUUCAAAGGAAAGCAAAACUUUCCA